GUAGCUCUCCCUGCAUAGACUCACAGCACUGCACGCCUGUUCAGCUCUCUGAUGGAUUAACCUGGAGCUCUUAUUUUGUUAAUACACAGGCUGAGCAGUUGGACUGAACAAUGACCGUGUGGUGGCUCCUAAAGAUUUUGAUCCUUACCCUGGCCCUCUCAGGCCAAACCACAUGCCAGAAGAGAAGGAGGAAAGGACAGAGAGAUGAUAACCAGGUCAUCAUUAAUGAGGCCAAAACCCUGAUCUGCCCAGUGGAGAUCAUGUUCAUCGUGGACAGUUCAGAGAAUGCAAAACCUCUGCUGUUUGAGCGACAGAAGGACUUCAUCCUGCGCUUCAGCACUAAGCUCAUGCAGCUCCACUCGGCUGGCUGGCGUCUGCGGCUUCGCCUGGCCGCUCUGCAGUACAGCAGCAAGGUGUCGGUGGAGCACAACUUCAGAGACUGGCAGGACCUGGACGUCUUCCAGAGCCGGGUGGCCUCCAUGACCUUCAUCGGCCAUGGCACCUACUCCGCCUACGCCAUCACCAAUGCCACCCAGUUGUUCAGCCGUGAGACGUCGUCCAGCAGCCUGAGGGUGCUGCUGUUAAUGACGGAUGGGACGGACCACCCGCUUAGCCCCAGCGCUGUGACCGCUGCUGCAGAGGCCAAACAGCACAACAUCAGAAUGUUCACCAUCAGGCUGUCAGGCCUGCCCAGGGACGGUCUCACCAGUACAAAACUACGAUCCAUUGCUAGCGCCCCCCCACAGCAGCACGUCCUCAGCCUCACUGACAGCCAGCUGGAUGACAGACUCUUCAAUGAACUGAACACAAUUGUCAAAACUGGGUGCCCACAGCCAAAGACCUGUCUGUGUGACAGAGGGGAGAGAGGUCACCCUGGAAUCCCUGGGAAACCUGGCGAGCCAGGGUCUGAUGGAGCUCCAGGUCCGAAGGGAUCUCGUGGGGAACCUGGCAUUAACGGACGUCCAGGAAUGGAGGGCCUUGAGGGUCGAUCUGGCAGCAAAGGUGAAAAGGGAGAACAAGGUGAAUGUGGUGCCCCUGGAAAUAAGGGAGAACAAGGCACAGAAGGACCUCCUGGAUCCAGAGGCCCAAGAGGAGAACAGGGAGCUAGGGGAGGACCUGGAGACCUGGGCCCAGAGGGGCCAUCUGGAUCUAAAGGUGGUCGAGGACUGAGGGGUGCACCUGGACCUCCAGGAGAUAACGGCAUUGGGUUCCCUGGUUCCAAGGGUGACAAGGGGAACCAAGGAAGACCAGGGCCCCCUGGACCAGUGGGUAGGGGUGAACCAGGGACACCGGGUCCGGCAGGGCCAACAGGGGUGCAAGGAUCUCCAGGGUUUCCAGGUGAGGGUCUCCAAGGACCCAAGGGUGACAGGGGGUAUGAGGGUCCCAAGGGUGGCCGUGGACCUCCAGGAGUCGGGUACAAAGGUGAUAAGGGAAACACAGGAGAUCCCGGGCUGCCAGGUUUGGUGGGGUUUCCAGGGGCAGGCAUCCAAGGAGAAAAGGGGGACCAAGGGCCAGGUGGGCCAUCUGGUCCCAGAGGACCUCCGGGACUGGGUAUAGUUGGACCAAAGGGUGACCAGGGUUUCCCUGGAGAGCCUGGACCUCAGGGGGAGAGGGGAGCUGGUGAGGCCGGACCAAAGGGGGAUCAAGGGCCUGAUGGGGCUGCUGGGAUACCUGGCAUUCCUGGUGAGGAUGGAGCUAUUGGGCCUAAGGGGGAGAUGGGGUUGCCAGGCAUGCGAGGCAUAGAGGGAGCACCGGGGACAGGCAUCCCUGGAGAAAAGGGAGAUAGGGGUGACCGUGGCCCAAGGGGACUUUCAGGCUCUCCAGGCCCAGUUGGACCUGCUGGAGCAAAGGGAGAGCCUGGCAGUUCAGGAAUGGUGGGCCUACCUGGAUCUCCUGGACGUGGCACACCUGGACAAAAGGGAGAUCCUGGCCCUGUAGGACCAGCUGGACUUGUUGGAGAACCUGGAGUAGGAAUCAUUGGGCUGAAGGGUAACAAAGGAAAUCCUGGACCCGUGGGGCCACCAGGAAUGAAGGGAGAUGGCUUGCCAGGACCACAGGGGCUGCCUGGCUUACCAGGAGUUCAAGGAGAGAUAGGACCUGAAGGGAAGGGACUACCUGGAUCUAAGGGUGACAGAGGCUUACCGGGGGUGCCAGGGCCAUCAGGUCCUCCUGGAAUUGGACUUUAUGGACCAAAGGGCUCUUCUGGGCAGCCUGGUUCACCAGGCCUGCCAGGACCUCCAGGAGAGGGCAUCCAAGGACCAAAGGGAGAACCUGGGUUUCAGGGGCCAAUGGGACCUCGGGGGGCAACAGGGGACGGCCUUCCAGGGGAGAAGGGUGAUAGAGGCAUUCCUGGAGACCGGGGAAAGAAAGGAGACAAGGGAGACUAUGGAGAACCUGGAUCUACUGGAGCGAUGGGGAGGCCUGGAGAAAAGGGAGGACCAGGGCUGACAAGAGAAGAAGUCAUCAGGAUUAUAAGGGAAAUCUGCGGCUGUGGUCUCAAGUGCAGAGAGAGCCCUCUGGAGCUGGUGUUUGUAAUAGACAGCUCUGAGAGUGUGGGACCAGAAAACUUUGAGUUGGUGAAGGACUUUGUGAAUGCUCUCAUCGACCGGGUAUCGGUGGGCCGAGAAGCCAGUCGUAUCGGUGUGGUGCUCUACAGCCAUGUGGACAUAGUGGUGGUCAGUCUGCAGCAGCAGUCCAGCCAGGAGGAUAUCAAGGCAGCUGUCAGAAAGAUGCCUUACCUGGGUGAGGGCACCUUCACGGGCAGCGCCAUCCAUCGCGCCAAUGAGCUGUUCCAGGCUUCCCGGCCUGGCGUGAGGAGAGUUGCUGUUGUUUUAACAGAUGGGCAAUCUGACCCCCGUGACGCCAUGCAGUUUGAAGAAACGGCAACAGAGGCCCACGCAGAAGGGAUCGAGAUGUUUGCUAUUGGAGUUGUGAACAAGACUGACCCUCUCUAUGAAGAGUUCCAGGCUGAGAUGAACGUCAUUGCCUCUGAUCCUGAUGAAGAGCACGUCUACCUCAUAGAUGACUUCAGGACGCUUCCCACUUUGGAAGGCAAAAUACUGAGUCACAUUUGUGAGCAGGAUGACACAAUGGCAUUUCUGCCAAACUCUGUCUUUCCACCUGUGGAAAUCCGCACUCCAGAGGACAGCCUUCCUAGGGAGUUCCCAGAUGAGGACAACAUACCACUUGAACUCCCAGUGGAGAUGGUAACAGCCUCAACUCCUCAACCUGGUGAGCUGAGUGGGGCUGAGGAGAACCUGGUUGAUACUAAACUGCUGGUGAAGCCCUGGGACAAGCUGUCAGACAUAUUUGCCUCUCCUGGGGGAAGGGGAAAACAGGGUCCUGGGGUGACCUCCGUGGUGGGUCCUCGGACACCAACUGGUUGGCUGUAUGAAGCAGAGAGCACACAGGCUCCAGUCAGCCCUCCUCCUCCACCCCUGACAAAGUCAUCAGUGGCAGAUAAGGGUUGCAGUCAGCCUCUGGACCCGGGUCCCUGUCGACAGUAUGUAGUCAGGUGGUACUACGACCCAGAGGCCAACGCCUGUGCCCAGUUCUGGUACGGAGGCUGUCAGGGCAACGCAAACAACUUUGAAACAGAAGCCAACUGUAGGAACUCCUGUGUCUACACGUAACAGACUGUAUUUGGAAAAAGGGUGUGUGCAACGCUUCUCUCCAUCAGCGUCACUGAGGAACAAAAUGGACUGAUGACGCAGGCUUUACUGUUUGACCAGCGCUCAGGCCAGCAGCCGCUGCUGCGGUAAUACUCUCUGCACCGCUGCAGGUGAAGAAGAUGAUGUGGAGCAGACUUGGACCUCCUCACUGUCUCUCGGGCUACAUUCACACUGCAGGUGCUCCUGCACAUGUACUAGCUCUCCGAUAAUUUUGGACAAUUAUAUCUGUUCUAAAAUGUAUACAACUCAAAUACAAGCUGACAAGAGCAUUAAAAAGACAGGUUCAACAUUUAAUUCCUAAAGCAUGCAUGUACAAGCUUGUAUCACAAAGUCUGUUUGGGUUAUCUGUCUUCACUGAGCUGUUACCCCUUAGGCCGGAUCAGUUUUUCUAACCAGCUCUGAGCAUGUUUAUGUGAAAGGCAUGAGUACUUAUUAUACCAUGACAUGAGACCAACCACAAGUAAAAGGGCACAACAUAAUCACACAACUUGAAUUGAAUAGCUGUAGAAAAAUAAGGAAUAUCCAGAUUAUAUAUAUAAUAUCUAAUAUAUAUAUAUAUAUAUAUAAAAUUAUAAAUAAGUGUGGGAAUUAUUAAAUAGACCUUUUUGAAUAUCAUUGCAUUCACAGCUUGUUCAACAUUUUUCAGGCCACAGACCCCUUAGCUAGAGAGACUGGGUGAAAUAUGGGACAGGGAGAGACAGAGCACUACAUAUAUUGUAUAAAACUAUGUUGCAUAUUAAAGCUGCAGUAGGUAACUUUUAUAAAAAAAAUAACUUUUUGUCAUUAUUUCUGAAAUGUUCACUGUGUCCUGACAGUAGUACAUGAGUCAUAAUCUGAUAAAAAAAAUCAGGUUCCUCUGGUUCCUCCUAGUGCUCCUAAUGCCAAGAAUCCACCGGGCCUGAACGAAAACAAACAAACAAAAAGUGUGUCUCCAUCACCCUUGGGCAGACAUUAAGAAUAACUAUAAUGAAAUAGCCAAUCUUCUCUUUAUGUAAGUCAUAAAGAGGCAUUAGUAUUCAAUUGAUACCUCAUAACCAGUUAAAUAUUUUGAAUCAUAUCACAAUUGCAGUCAAACAAUCGCAAUAUGACUUUUUUUGGGUCAUAUUGUGCUGCUUCUGGCUGUAGAUUCAUGUUUUACACACAAGAGAGUGGUAGCAGUCUGAACAUGUAACUCCCCUUCAGAAAGCUGUCAAAUGUAUUUCCCAAAGUGUCUAACUAGUCCUUUUAAAUCUAAACAGCAAAUUUUAUUUGAUUUAUUGAGUCUACGGAAACCCAUUCACAUACGUUUGGGGGUUAAACAAUGUCUCUGAAAGUGCGGCUCAGUCAGAGUGCUGUUGUGGUUGUCACGCCCAGUGUGAGCCAGAUUGAAUGUCACUUUACAACAACAGCAACAAAAUUCUUUAGAGUCAUCUAAAGAAAACGAGACAAUGAGGUUUCACAUGUCAGUACAGCAUGUAUCAUAGAUGUACAAAAGGACCUUCAAACUCUUAAUUAUAAUCAGCAAGUUCUAUCUACUCCAUGCAGCUUGUUGCAGGACAGAAAACAGUAUAUAUAUAUGUAUAUGUAUAUCUGGCAACCAAUUUCUGAAUUAUUUACAGUUAUGUCUAAAUCUUGUUUGUUCAAUUAUACAUUACAGUAUGAAGUAUGACAAUACUACUAUAUGAGAAGAGCAUCUGCAUUGUGAAUAUAGCCUACUGUAUUCGCUGUUACCCAACCGUGUAUAAAAUAUUUUCUGUUUCAUUUUAGGGUAUUAAAUUCUAGGAUUUGUCUUAUACAUAUUGUUUUAUAUAUAUUGUUUUGUGGGUCACUGUUUCAUAGGUGUUUCUUCAGCAGCCCCUUUAAGGGCAUCUUGAUAACUCAACACACUAUGUAUUCUUAACUGCUUAUUGUAUUUUCACAUUGUGUUGUAGCUACUUCACCAUUCAUUUCCUAGUUGUUUUAGUCCAUCUUAACAGAAUCUAUUAACCUCCAUUAUGAUGAAUGUUAUAUGGAAACACACUUGACUGUAAAAUAUAUUGUUUAAUUGUUUAACAGUGUAAAAGUGGCAGAAGGAAUAGUAAACGUAGACCAUGGUAGUUAAACAAAACUUUUUCAAUAAAUAAAAUAUAAUUUCUUAAA